AUGGCCAUAAACCCAGACGGAAUCUUAACCGCCAUCCGCAACGGCGACACCCUUCCCCCGAUAGCAGUAACAAACUACUUCAACGCCCUCCCCGCCGUCCCGCUCGAAAAACUAAUCGGCUCCUGGCGCGGAACGUGCGUGCAGACUGGACACCCGGUGUACAAACAGCUCACAGACCUGAACUGGGCCGGCAAAACUUUCCAUUCCAUCAACGACGUCGAUCCGAUUAUCGUCCGGGAACAACAACCCGACGGGAGUGUGAAGCGCGUUGCGAAUGGGGUCAUGGGAAAAGCGCGCCUUCGUGAGGUGAAAUAUAACGGCGUGGUUUCGGCAGCCAUGAUUUAUAACGAGAGGCCGAUUAUUGAUUACUUUCGGGGGGUUGAUGAGAGGACGAUCAUCGGGGUUAUGGAUGCGUUGGGGAGUACGGCGGAUCAUGGGUUGUUCUUUUUGUUGGAGAGGGUUGAGGAGGCACAGGGGAAGCUUUAG